GUGAAACAGAGGGUCGGCGUGGGAGCCUAUCAGGCCUCGCUGCUCAGAUACAGAAAUAACCAAUUGCUGUGUGCAUUUCAUGCCGGUGGCCUGCCUUGCCCUGCCACUUGACACCCGCUGGUCAUUCCCAUGUGAGCUGGCCGCGCGCUGUGUUGCUGCUCAGUUUGGCCACGCCGACCCGCGCGGCUAUUUUGGUAUCUUCUGGAGUCGCUAUCGGGAGCCAGGCGAAACCACUGCAUUUGAACAUGGAUCUGAGGACUUGACUGACUUUGCAGGUGGUAUAAAGCUGGAUUGUGGGAUCGCUGGGGUCUAAAGUGGAUACUUAUACUCAGCAUGAGUGACCCAACACCAAGGAUCCGCUGGGCUGGAAGCAAACUAAAGGGUCCACAGAGCUGCAGUGACUGAAACGGUGAUGCACAAGAUCAACCCACACCUGCCGACAGCAUGACCUGCGUGGAGAAGCGACACCUGAGCCACCGGACGGGAAGCAUGCUCCACCACCGCUUCCCCAACGGCUUCGCCGACAUGCUCAUGGACGAGACGGACCGGGAGGUCAGCACUCUCACCGACCGGGCCUUCCGGAGCCUGUGUGUCGGAGACGACGCAGUUUACAACGACGAGUUCUUCUACGGGUACUCGCCGUUCAGCUGCCACAAGCCUUUGGUUGGGGAGGCCCCGAAAAAGACUCAUCACAAAGACUGUAAAAAGCAAGGGCCAAGCAAAAGCAACAAGCACGAUACCCAGCAAUGGAGACAGCAGCGAGACGAAAGCCUGUCUCACAUGUCAUCGUUCCUUAAGGCGUUGAGCGUGACAGAGGAAAGCUGUGAAGGGCUGUUAAAUAAAAAUGGGGGCAUGACAGACUCUAAUGGAGAAUCGUGGGAUAAGUCUGCGCUUCGCAGCAUCCAAAAGGAGCUUUCAGACUUCUCCAAUUAUCAUACAGAUGAACACUGCAAGAGCCAUCACUUGCUACACUUUGGUAAUGGAGCGUCAAAAAAAGCAGGCAAAGACGCCGGCCUGCCCUCGGGGAAAUCCUCCAAAGUGAAAAACGGGAGGUCUACUGUCAAACUAAAGAAACUCAACAUCAAAAACUUUUUCCUCCACAGUGAGCUUAGCCCGUUCCAGACGUGGAAAGAUUUCAACCGGUUCCCCUUUGGCCCACAGGAGACCUCUAUUCUACCCAUCAAUAAUAUUCCUAAAUGGUACGAUUUGCCAUUUUACAGAGAGCUGACAGAGGCGCACGCGAAGGACGUCCAGUUAGAGGAGGCGCAGUCAUGUCAGAAGGCUGAGCCACCUCCUCCUACUGCCCCUAAACCCGUCCCUCCCCCUCCGCCCCCAAAGGUUUUGCCAAAGUCCUCAGCGUCUUUAGCUGAGAAGAGAUGCUCAUCAGAUGGAGUGGAUGGGAAUACUGCCCCCUGGAGAAGCAACAGGUCCAGAGCAAAAAGUGCUGUUCAAAUCAGUCAGCCUGGCAAACCAAGUCAGGACAACGCCUCAGAGGGAGUGGAUGGAGAAAGUCUUUUAUCGGCUAGUACUGAAUACAAGUCUGUGGAGGUAAAAGCCAUUGAGGAGGUCAGUUCCUUGGCCUCAACACCAUUCAGCAUCUGCCAGCUGAUGACUCCCGUCAUUCCCUCCAGACAGCCAACAGAAACAUCAGAAAUCCUCCUGUCUUCCGCCCUCGACCUUCCCCUCAGGCCGCACUCUGAGGCCAAAGUGGCCCCCGAACCUCCAGUUAAGCGAGACAGCUACAAGUCGCUCGCGUUCAGUAUCCUGUUCAACCUCAAAGACAACAGGAAAAGGGUGAAAAGUCGCUACAGCCCGCGGAAAUUCAAGACUUCGGAAUUGCCUGUGGGUGGCAGCCAGUCUCCUCAGUCGGAUUAUGUGGGAAACACCCAGCCUGGUUCAGAGGGCAAUGCUUCUGGAUUAAGCACACCUGCUGUUUCAAGAGAUGAACAGCCCUUUUGUAGUCCUGCCAUAGAGCCUACCAGCCCUUCAGCUGUCGGUCUACCUAAACCUGAAGCUGACAGGCCUUUGUCAGAUGACUAUUUGCUAUCAAAUCUACUACUAUCUAAAAAGGAAGGAGUAGGUACCGAUUCUUGUGGGGAGGAGAAUCCUAUUUCCUCUUUGAUACACUCAAAAAAGAACAAGAGCCCCUUGAGUAAAAAGCAAAACUACCCCUCUCUGAAUUUGUACAGGAAAGCUAGCCCCGUUGACAAUGCUAUGAAAUAUCUUCAAGUCCCUCAGAGCACUGGAGCUCCUGAACACAUAGAUCAGCCACAGGAGACAAAUGGACUUUCACCACUCAGGCGCAACAAAGAACGCUCUCCAAAACUACUGCCAACAAACACUGAGCUUUCACCAAAUGCCUUAGAUGUCAACAAAGAUCAUCCGACCGUGAUAUUUCCUCAUGCAACUGAGAAAGAGAGGCUGUCAACAAAUUCAUCAGCAGGAAAAAGUGCCCCUGAGGUAGCAGACAAAUCAGACCAGCUAAUGAAAGACAAAAAGGAGUCUGGACUACAGCCUAUGUCUAAGGGAAAAGACACCAGUGGCCAAAAAGCCAUUACAAUGGAUGUGAUCAGAGCAGCAAGAGAAGCAAUUAAUGCGGAAAAAAGUAAAGCUCUGUCUGUGACUCUGUCAGACAUUAGCAAUAAAUCGGACAUAGAAGAAGAGAGAGAGAAAGAAACAGAUAUGGUUGGAUGUGAAGAGUUUAGUAGCAGGAGGGAGAGUAAUGUCAAGAAAGACCCUCCCCCAGUUCCAAAGAGAAAUUUUAGUAAAUCUGAUAUUUAUCAUGUUCUCGACCAACAGGCAACACGUAGUAUUACUAGUCCCAGUAAAAGUGAAUUAUCAGCAAAGGAAAGUGAGUCUCUCCUGAAACAAGACAAGCUCAAACGUGUAUUCUCAGCCAAACAAAACAAUUACAUAAAACAUCAGCGAUACGCAGUGGGAGACGAUGAGCAAGUGAAGGACUGUGUGGAGGAUGAUCUGAACGUGAGCGUGAGGAGAGAGAUGGAUGAGGACAUGGCGUUAGCGCGGGAGAAAGACGAGAGUGAGAAUUUGAUUAAUGACUUGCUCGCUUCGAGAGAGCUGGAGAGAGCAAGGCUCGGAGAGAAGACAAAGCACAAGCUAGGAGGUGCUAACGCAAAUGAGGAGGCUAAGGUUAAAAACAAUUUGAUCUCAAGGGAGCUUCGUAACAUUAAGAAAGGCAUGUUAGCUAUGAGAGGGAAUACGCUGGCUAAGAAGGAGCUUUUUGCAAAGAAGGAGAAAGAGCUGGUGAAGCCUGAAGCUUUUACAAAGCUAGACAGUAAUGUAAUAGUCAACAAGGCACUUAUAAAUGAUAACUAUGACAAAGCCAAGAUGGCACUAGAAGAAAUUAUUGCAGAGAGGCAGAAAAGAAAGAAAAUAACAGACCACGAUGUGAAUACAGUAAAUGAGAAGAAUGCUAGUGAUGAAUGUUACACAACAAAGGUACAGCAAAGUAAAGACGCUAUGAAGCCUAUGACAGAAGGCAAUGAUACGCUAAGUGAGCACACUCUUGCACUAAAGGAGAAGGACCUGAAGGAGAGAUUAGAGGAUCUUAGAGACUACAAUCACAUGAGACAGAUCUUGGCACAGACUGAACCAGUGUUUGGUGAGAGUCACCGAUGGGGUGGUAGGAUAGCUUUACCGGGCAUGAAGAAAACCGACUCGAAGGAGCCGACUGCACUCCUUCAAGCUCAGGAUUCACUAACUAAUACACCUAGCUUAGAAUCAGAGGGGACACAUUCAGGACAAGUAUCAAGACAGGUGUCUGAGGAGAAUGGGAGAUUCUGGGGGCUGACACAGGUGGCAGGAGGUCAGAUGCUCCUCGUGUUCCUCCAAGAAACAAAAAAGGAGGCGGUAGAGGAUGUGGAAGCGUUGCCAAGGAGACAGACGGCUUGCAAGAAUCAGUAUAUGAGAACGGCCUGGAAAACGGUGAGGAAGGCUUAA